CGGGCGCGGCCAUGUCGCAGCGAUGGCGGGUGCCGGUGGUGGACGUGCAGAGCGACAACUUCACGGAGCUGUGGCCCUCCAUGGUGCUGGCGCUGCGCACCGCCACCUUCGUCGCCGUGGACACGGAGCUGAGCGGCCUCGGCGCCAGGAAGUUGCUGCUGAACCCGUGCAUCGAGGAGCGGUACAAGGCGGUGUGCAGCGCGGCCAGGACACGCUCCAUCCUGUCCCUCGGCGUCGCGUGUUUCAAGCAGCUCCCGGACAAGCCUGAGAACACGUAUCUGUGCCAGAUCUACAACCUGACACUGCUCUGCACGGAGGAUUACAUCGUGGAACCGCAGUCGGUGCAGUUCCUGGUGCAGCACGGCUUCGACUUCAAUAAGCAGUAUUCCCAAGGGAUCCCUUACCACAAGGGGAAUGACAAGGGCAAUGAGAACCAGAGCCAAAGCGUUCGGACUUUUUUCCUGGAGCUCAUACGAGCAAAGAAGCCUCUUGUUCUCCAUAACGGCCUGAUCGAUCUGGUGUUCUUGUACCAGUGCUUCUAUGCUCACCUCCCAGACAGCCUCGGCACCUUCACCACUGACCUCUCAGAAAUGUUUCCAGCAGGAAUAUAUGACACCAAAUAUGCUUCAGAGUUUGAGACUCGCUUUGUAGCAUCCUACUUGGAGUAUGCUUACAAGAAGUGCAAGCGAGAGAACUGCAAGCUGAAGGACUCCAGCAGUCAGUACCUCACCAUUGAGUUCUGCAACUACCCUGCCAACAUGUCCAUUUACAUUGACUAUCGCCACUGCUCUCUGGAAGAAGAAAACCACAGUGUGGGAGGGGGAGAUAAGGUGCCUGUCUGUGAGAAAUUUUCGGCCUAUGGCUGGUGUCCAAAAGGGGUGAAGUGUCCACAUUCUCAUAACAUAGACCUCAUAAUUGAUGAGGACGACAAGAUCUGCGAGAAGAAGCGGAAGAAACGAAAGCAGAAAUGCAGGCGUCGGAAGAACAUAGGAGAGCCUGUAAAGGAACAGGAAAGCUCAGGGAAAGAAGUGGAGCUAGUUCAGAAUGGGGAGGAGGGACCACCACAAAAACGGGGCUGCUGUGAGCCUCCAGCUGCCACUGUGCUGGCAGAGAUCACACCCAAGUGCGAGGGCAGGCCACUGGAGGAGAACACGGACAUGGAAGCAGAGGUCAGCUCAGAUACCAGUGCACAACGGGAAGAGGAUCUGGAGAGCACAGAAGGAACUACUGCCCAGGCAGCAGCUGUUGUGAGCCCUUCUGCCAAGGGAAAUGCCUCUGAUAGUGACCAAGCGGAGGGGAAGUCAGACUUUCCCACUGGGAUUGGCUUAGUGAAUCACUCUGACAUCCCUGAGACUGAAGCAGCGUCUGCUGCAGAAAAGGAAAAGGAAACCCAUGGUCUGCCUUCGCAGGGGGGCACACACCGAGCUGGCUUCGAUGCAUUCAUGACUGGCUAUAUCAUGGCUUAUGUCUGGAUGAUCAAGAAAGAAAAAAACACAGACACUGGUGCAGGGCCCUGGUUGCCAGACUGCCACAAUAAACUGUACCUCAGUGGGAAAUCAGUGCCCCUUCAUAUAGUGAAGAGCUCAUUUUCCAAAUCUUCCAAAGCUCACAGCCAGAAGAUGAAGGUGGCCUGGGGCAGUGGAUAGAGCUAGAGGACUCCGCACUGAACUGAGGGCUUUUUCUCCCUUUCAAGUUUUGAAGUUCUUCGUUUCAUCAAGAACUGACAAGAAGUGGAGCAAGUUUCUUACUCUUGUUUUUGUUUUAACUUCUGACCCAUUAAAAUGCUCUCACUUGGA